GCGGCCAAACCCAACUCCGAAGUCCAAACACAAAUAAAGCUAACGAAUAGCGAAUGCUCAGACCAAUACAUAUCUUCUUCGAAUCCUACAGCCGUCUAGCAUUAGGAAGAAUGCACUUGGAUCAGGUGUUGACUGUUUUUGCUUUUUCUUUUUUUCUACCUCCACGUCUCAAAUCAAUCGAUCCAUUCUACGAACGUUCGUUUAGACCGGGAGUCUGGGAUACUGCCGACAGUCAGCAGCAUUUCCGUCCUCUAUCUCUAAAUUCUAUAUCCGUAUUCUGUAGUAUAAAAGAAAAUAAAAGCAGUCUAUCUAUCUGGUUCCCGCUUUUCUUUUUUUUAAAUUCCAAAAUAAAUACAAAAUGAUCCUUCCGAGGAUCCAGUAAACGCGAGGGAAACAAUGGCGUCGGUCUCACUCCAUUCUCCCAACCAAAAAAGAAAUAAAAUACAAAAGAAUUCGAGACAUAAAUCGAAAGAGACAGUUUGCGUUACUGUCUUAUAAAUGACGGUUCAUUUUCUCCUUCAACCCCAUCGUUUUCUUCAAUAGACUCGUGAGAAAUAACCCCCUCCCCUCUCUCUCUGCUGUGCUGUUCCAUUUGGAUCUGUUAUCGGAAAUAAUAUAUCACAGGUGCUGAUAGCCUGGAAAGUUUCAAUACCUGUCAGAUUCUCAUCACGUUUUCGCAAUUGGAUUCCUGAAAAACCUUUGAUUUUUCUAAAGCAGAACAUAGAGAAGGUGCUUUUGAACUCCUUUGCAGUUAUCGAGCUUGGAUUCAUUGGGUUACCGUUUUAUUAUCAGAAGUAUAGAUCUGAUUGGAUUUAGGGAGGUUUCUUUUCUUCUGGUUUGAAAUGGAGGCUGGUGAUACCGGGAUGAAGCUGGGGACCUUGAAGUUGAAGGAAGAUCGGGGCCUCGAUCGUAGUGGCGUUGGACAAUUCAGAACAGACCCCUCUCCGGAUAUUUCUGUUUCUUCGCCGGUGACUCGGCAGAAAGCUGCUGCUGCUAAGCAGUUCAUAGAGAACCAUUAUAAGAAUUAUCUACAAGGCCUUCAGGAUCGUAAAGAAAGACGUUGGGCACUUCAAAAGAGAGCACAAGAAGCUCAAAUUUCAAAUGAAGAACAACAAGAGAUGCUGAGGAAUUUGGAACGCAAAGAAACUGAGUAUAUGCGAUUGCAAAGACAUAAAGUGGGAAUUGAUGACUUCGAGCAAUUAACAGUAAUUGGGAGAGGGGCAUUUGGUGAGGUAAGGGUUUGUCGCGCUAAAAGCACUGGAGAAAUUUUUGCCAUGAAGAAGUUGAAGAAAUCAGACAUGCUCAGUCGUGGACAGGUUGAGCAUGUUAGAUCUGAGAGGAACUUGCUUGCUGAAGUUGAUAGCCGGUGCAUUGUAAAACUUUUUUAUUCAUUCCAGGACUCAGAUUUCUUGUACCUUAUAAUGGAAUAUUUACCUGGUGGUGACUUUAUGACUCUUCUGAUGAGAAAGGAUGUUCUUUCUGAAGAUGUUUCACGGUUUUACAUAGCAGAGAGCAUUCUAGCAAUUCAUUCAAUUCACCAGCAUAACUAUGUUCAUAGAGACAUAAAGCCAGACAAUUUGUUACUGGACAAAAAUGGACAUGUGAAACUCUCAGAUUUCGGCUUGUGCAAACCCCUAGACUUUAAAUAUUCAUCAUUUUUUUUGGAAAAUGAGGCAGUCAGCUUACAAGAAUCCACAAAAACUGAAACUGGAGGACAUUUUGUGUGUGAUAGAGCACCUUGGUUGAUGCCAAAAGAACAGUUACAACAGUGGAAACGCAAUCGACGUGUACUGGCUUAUUCUACUGUAGGAACUCUGGAUUAUAUGGCACCUGAAGUGUUGCUGAAGAAAGGUUAUGGAAUAGAAUGUGACUGGUGGUCUUUGGGUGCAAUAAUGUAUGAGAUGCUUAUCGGCUAUCCUCCCUUUUGUUCUGAAGAUCCAAGGAUCACUUGUCGGAAGAUAAUUAAUUGGAAAACAUGCUUGAAGUUCCCCGAGGAACCAAAAAUUUCAGAUGAAGCCAAGGAUCUGAUUUGUCACUUGCUAUGUGAUGUUGAAACAAGGCUGGGGACCAGAGGAGUGGAAGAAAUAAAGGCACAUCCAUGGUUUAAAGGCAUUCAGUGGGACAUGCUGUAUGAGAUGGAAGCUGCCUAUAAACCUACAGUCAAUGGAGAAUUAGAUACACAAAAUUUUGAGAAGUUUGAUGAAGUAGAAUGUUCACCAUCAGCAUUGCCGAGAGUGGGACCCUGGCGUAAGAUGUUGACAUCAAAAGAUGCCAAUUUCCUAGGAUUUACUUUCAAGAAGUCAGACAUAAAAUCCAUUGGAACUUCAGGUAUGGAUAUGAGAUCAGAUGGUUCUUCAAAGGCACCAUCUCUUGUUUCCUUGUUUGGUGAAAUGAAUCUGCAAGAAAGUGCAAACCCAAGUGGUGAUACAUGAAUUCUAUACUUCUUUCAUCUUCAUAUGAUACUCGAGUUUGUAUUUUCAUUCUCUUUAUAUAUAUAUGAUAUGUAAAGCUACUGUAGAAAUUGCGAUCAUUUCAUUUCCUUUCAAUUAUUUUGUAAACAAGUGUAAAAUGGCAGUUAACGAGGUAAGUUAAUCUCGACCACCAUUUUUUCCCUAUAAUAUGUUGUAUAAAUGUUAUAUAAUUUCUUAUUCUUCUUCGAGGUAAGCUUGAUUACAUGCAAAUUCGUUUUUG